UCCGAUUCUGCGCAGUUGAGCCUGAUCCGCCUUGGCUGAGCUUUUGAGAGUUGUGCGGAAAAACCGAUGAAGUCCAGAAAACUUGUAAUAAAGUAGCGAUUUGAGCAACGAUGAGUGGAUCUGUUGUUGACAACACCGUGUCAUCGGGCAAUUCUUCGGCUGCGAUUCCGACAGACAUCAGCGGACCAAUAUUAGAUCUAGACGAAGACGAUGACUUGGAAGUUUUCAGUAAGGAUACGACUCUAACAGACGGCAGCUCUUUCAACGCCUCCAUGCAGACCUCUCCUGCUUCAAUGAUCAACCAGUACAAGUUUGAGGAGGAAGAGGAAGAAGUUGACACCAAAGAUAUUUUUGUCACAGUCGAUAACCCAGAGAGUCACGUAACGGCUAUUGAGACGUACAUAACCUACCGGGUUGUGACCAAGACCACACGGAGCGAGUUUGACUCGAGUGAGUUUGAGGUGCGAAGACGAUACCAGGACUUCCUGUGGUUAAAGGGACGUCUGGAAGAAGCUCAUCCCACGCUCAUUGUUCAUCCGCUGCCUGAGAAGUUUGUGAUGAAAGGAAUGGUGGAGAGGUUUAGUGAAGAUUUUAUUGAGACGAGGAGGAGGGCGCUGCACAGGUUCCUGAACAAAAUAGCAGAACAUCCCAUUUUCUCCAGCACUGAGGAUUUUAAGAUCUUUCUCACAGCAGAAUCUGGGGAGUUGACCUCUCACAAAAAACAAGGUCCAGGGUUUCUUAGCCGGAUGGGAGAGACGGUAAAAGCGGUCGCUGCUGCGGUCAGAGGGGUCAAAAACCGACCUCAGGAGUUCACAGACAUGCAGGAGUACGUGGAGGCCUUCAGUCAGAAGAUCAGCUCACUUGAUAAAGUUACUCAAAGGAUUGUCAGAGAGCAAAAAGAGUACCUGGAGGAGCUGAAGGAGUGUGGGCCGAUAUACGCGCUGUGGUCACAGUCAGAGGAGGAGCUGGCUGAGCCCUUGAAGACCGUGGCAGGGUGUGUGGACAGAUGCACCAAGGAGACUGAGGAGCAGGUCAAACAUCUCAAUGAUCACCUGAAUCCGGUCCUUCAUGAGUACGUCCUCUGCGCCGACACACUCAAGGCGGUACUAAGGAGGCGAGACAACAUCCAGGCGGAUUUCGAAGCGAAGACUGAAGCUCUUGCCACGAAGAAGGCCGACAGGGACGCGGAAUCUAAGGUGCUGAGUUUAGCAUGGGACAGCUUGGUGGGACGAUCCCCUGAGGAGGUCAAACAGCAGAAACGACAGAAACUUAAGGGCGAGAUUAAGGAGAUGAGAGAUGACCUGGAUAAGACAGAGGACCGGCUGGAGUGGGCGAAUAACGCACUCAAGAGCGACUGGACCCGCUGGCAGAAGGUCAUGAGAAAUGACCUACGAUCAGCCUUCAUCGACACGGCAGAGAGCAACGUCAGCUACUAUGAAAAGUGUUUGGCUGUAUGGGAGUCGUUCUUGCAUUCUCAAAGGACAGACGCUGAAGAAAAUGGAAAGGUUGACUUUUCCUAAUCUCUCAUGGUGCUUAUAUCUGAACGGGACGACCAAAGAUGCUUUUAUUCCUACAGAAACCAGUAAGAUUCAUAUUUAGAGACUGAGGCACCAAAGAGAGGGACAGUCGCCCUGUACAAACGUCUCCACGUUCAACAACGAAAUGAACAGUACGUUUGGCCCACGUUUGAAUUCUUUUGAUAAUAGGGGAAAAUAACGUUGCCAAAUCUUUUAUACUGAGAACUUUUUUUCCAUUUUUGUUUAUAAAAAUACAACACAAAAAUAAUUCCUGGAAAAUGAAGAUGCACACACUAUGGCUUUAUUGCAUCAGCUGACCUUUCUAGUGUGGAUUUUAUCCAUAUGAUGUUUGAGAUUCAUACGCCCUGCCCUUUUGCAGAUCAAUGCAAAUGCUGUUUACCUCUUAUCAGAGCUGCCUCGCUGCAAAAACCAUUCGAUUAGUGUAGAAAUAAAUAUAAAUGCACUCUGAAUCUAUGCAUUUCUUACAUCGGACUGGAUUGAUCAUUGUGCGAUUCCAUUCAGGUUACUGAAGCUGAAUCUAUAUGCCAACAUCAUAUAUUGAAGAAAAUCCUCACAUUCCAGAAUUGUUUACAUGUUAUUGAAGUGCAUAAAAUCAAAAGAAUUUACCUGUUGCCUUUGAAUAUAAAAUGAGUGUAUUGUUUUAGAUACUUCGAUAUGAUUUUGAAUGCAGUGCACUAAUAUCGUAAUGUGUAAUAAAUUGCGAACUGAUUUAAAACUCUGCUUUUACAGAUCAUUAGUGAAUUUAAUGUCUUGGAAUUGUAAAGAAAAAAAUGAUUGAAAGAAGUCUUGUGGUGUGUGUUUUUAAUUCUGUCUCGAGGGAAAAUAAGCAAACAGUGCAGUACGUUGGAUCCUGAACUGGGUUACCAUCACAGUUUGAUCACAUGAAAUAUUAAA